UCGACGCACGUGGAGCAAGGGUCAAGUCGAUAAUAUGGCGGCUGCGAGCGAAGGUGGAAAUUUAGCUCUUCUAAGUGUAUCAAACAAACAAGGUCUUGUAGAGUUUGCCAAGAAACUUCAUGAUUGUGGGUUCAGGCUUAUCGCCUCGGGAGGAACAGCAAAUGCUAUCAGAACUGCUAAUAUUCCAGUCAGGGAUGUUUCUGAGAUCACCAAUGCACCUGAAAUGUUGGGUGGUAGAGUCAAGACAUUACACCCGGCAAUACAUGGAGGUAUUUUAGCUAGGAUAACAGACAGUGACAAGGCUGAUAUGGAAAAGCAAGGUCAUGAGUAUAUAAAAGUUGUAGUUUGCAAUCUGUAUCCAUUUGUGAAGACAGUAGCAAAAGAAGGAGUUACAGUAGUUGAUGCUGUAGAGCAAAUUGACAUAGGUGGAGUGACGUUACUGAGAGCAGCAGCCAAGAAUCAUGCCAGGGUGACAGUAGUAUGCGACCCUGACGAUUAUGACAAAAUUGUAUCAGAGAUGUCUGCAAGUCCUACUCAAGAGGUUUUGCCUGAUACUAGAAAAUCCUUAGCAUUAAAGGCUUUUAAUCAUACAGCCAGUUAUGACUUGGCUAUCUCAGAUUACUUUCGUAAAGAAUUCAGUGAAGGGGUGUCUCAUAUCCCAUUGCGUUACGGUAUGAACCCACAUCAAAAACCAGCACAACUUUACACCAUGGAACCUCAGUUACCAGUCAAGGUUGUUAAUGGAUCUCCUGGUUUUAUCAAUUUGUGUGAUGCUUUCAAUUCCUGGCAACUCGUCAAGGAACUUCGAAAGUCUCUUAACCUUCCUGCAGCAGCAUCCUUCAAGCAUGUUAGCCCAGCAGGGGCUGCUGUUGGCGUGAUGCUCACACCAGAGGAGGCUAAAGUUGCAAUGGUGGAUGACAUGAUUGAUGAUCUUACUCCACUGGCUAUAGCAUAUGCAAGGGCUAGAGCUGCUGAUAGGAUGUCGUCAUUUGGUGACUGGGUGGCCUUGUCAGACACUUGUGAUCUGCCAACAGCAAAGAUCAUUUCUAGGGAGGUAUCUGAUGGAAUUAUUGCACCUGGUUAUAAUGCUGAAGCACUUGAAGUCCUUAAGAAGAAAAAGGGUGGCAAAUAUUGUGUUUUGCAGAUGGAUCCAAACUAUGAGCCAUCACCCAUGGAGAGUAGAACAAUCUUUGGUCUUCACUUGGAACAGCUUAGGAACAACUGCACAAUUGAUGAAAAUGUUUUUAAGAAUAUAAAAACCAAGCAAAUAAAAUAUUUGCCAGCAGAUGCAGUAAGAGACCUGAUAGUUGCUAGUAUAGCCUUGAAGUACACUCAGUCUAACUCUGUCUGCUAUGCCAAGAAUGGACAGGUCAUUGGUAUUGGAGCUGGUCAACAGUCUAGAAUCCACUGCACAAGACUUGCUGGUGAUAAGGCUAACAACUGGUGGCUGAGGCACCAUCCUAGAGUUCUUGGAAUGACUUUUAAAAAGGGUGUGAAGAGAGCAGAGAAGUCCAAUGCCAUUGAUGUAUAUGUCAAUGGAACAGUAGGGAAGGACAAUGACAAGGCCACUUGGGAAGACAUGUUUGACAGUCCACCAGAGCUUCUGACUGAGUCUGAACGAGAGAAAUGGAUUAGCAAGUUAAAGGGAGUGUCUUUGAGUUCAGAUGCCUUCUUUCCAUUCAGAGACAAUAUCGAUAGAGCUGUCCAGAGUGGAGUCCAUUAUAUUGCUAGUCCUUCAGGUUCAGCAGCAGACGACAUCUGUGUUCAAGCCUGUGAUGAGCAUGGUAUUACCAUGGUACACACAGAUCUACGUCUGUUUCAUCAUUAGUUCGCUAAUAUUUAAAGCCAAAAGUAUGAUCUAGUAUAAUAAUACUCCAUUUUACAGUUCCAUUCAGUGACCACGAAUAAUAGUUCCGAGCCGAGGGCUGGAUUGCCGUGCAUGAUAAACUGUAGUUUCGCUAUGCGCGGAAACUCUAACCUCGACAUGGAACUAUUAUUCGUGGUCACUGAAUGGAACUGUUAAAUGGAGUAUUGUAAAUGUUGGCAUUGCAAUCAAAAGUGUGGUGAGUGUAGAUUGUCAAUGUUAUAUGAUUUUUUCCAAUCAACCUUUUAAAAAAAGUGGUGCCACAUUUAAUUCAUAGUUCAGUGAACAGCUGGUAUGUAUCAGAAUUUAUGUUCAGAUUUAAAAGCACUUGCAAAGUUAAAGAAGUGAUUGUUAACAUUUAUGAGGAUGUCAUGAAAUGAUAGACUAAUGUAAAGUUGUUAUUAAUAAUAAAGUGUAAGCUUAUCUGCA